AUGCAUAUAAUUUCACUAAAGAUAUUAAUUUUGUAUUUGUAUGUUUCAGUCGGAGCUGGAUCUGCCGGGGCUGUGGUGGCGAAUCGACUUUCUGAAGAUCCGAGUGUCAAAGUCCUAGUCAUCGAAGCUGGUGGUAAAGAGAAUUUGGUAACAGAUAUUCCAUUAGCAGCGGCCAUGCUUCAGCAAACUCCCAUAGACUGGGCCUACCAAACUGAACCCCAGGAAGCAGCUUGUUUCGGACUUGUUAAUAGAAGGAGUCGCUGGCCUAGGGGAAGAGUGCUUGGUGGAUCCAGUGUCCUCAAUUACAUGUUAUAUGUACGGGGUAAUCCCAAGGACUACGAUCAGUGGGCUGCACAUGGAGCUUAUGGAUGGAGUUGGAAAGAUGUAUUUCCUUAUUUUUUAAAAUCAGAAGAUAACAGAGAUCCUGCAUUGGCAAAAAAUGGUUAUCAUGCUACCGGAGGUUAUUUGACCGUGUCCACUCCUUCUUAUGCGACUCCCUUGGCCUUUUCUUUCUUGGAAGCCGGCAAGCACCUCGGAUAUGAAAACGUGGACAUUAAUGGGGCGAGACAGACUGGUGUCUUAAUACCUCAAGGGACAAUUCGAAGAGGUGCCCGAUGCAGCACAGCCAAGGCAUUUUUACAACCAAUCAAGAAAAGAAAGAACUUCGACGUAGUAACGUAUGCCUAUGCGACUAAGAUCCACUUUGAUCAUUUCAAGAGGGCCAAGGCAAUUGAAUUUGAUCGUUUAAAGAUGACUUACAUAGUUAAAGCUAGAAGAGAAAUCAUUCUGUCUGGAGGAUCUAUCAAUACUCCACAGUUAUUAAUGCUGUCCGGGAUAGGUCCAAGGCAUCAUCUUCAGGAACUCGGGAUCCCAGUCAUUGCUGAUCUUCCAGUCGGAUACAAUCUACAAGAUCACAUUUAUCCUGGUGGUAUCCAUUAUUUAGUGAAAGAGCCUGUUGCCAUUGUACAGCCAAGAGUUUUUACUUUGAAGGAAAUCAUUCGCUAUCUUUCAAUUGGAAGAGGUCCUCUAACUGUCCUUGGAGGUGUCGAAGGUCUAGGCUUCGUGAAUACUAAAUAUGCCAAUAAGUCAGAAGACUACCCAGAUGUAGAAAUCCAUUUUCUUUCCGGAUCACCAGCUGCGGAUGGUGGUCAGACAUUUCAGCGUGUCAUGGGACAGAGACGGGAGAUGUGGGAGAAAGUCUACAAACCAUAUGCCUACAGGGAUUCUUACACUUUCUGUCCUGUACUGCUGAGGCCGAAAAGUAGAGGUUAUCUGAAGCUAAGAUCUGCAGACCCAUAUGAUCCUCCUAUCAUCGACCCGAGAUACUUGACCCACCCUCAAGAUGUUCUUACAAUGGUUGAAUCAAUGAAGAUAUGCCUUGCAUUUGGUGACUCGCCGCCUUUCAAAAAAUAUGGAGGCCACCGAUUUGAAACAACAUUUCCUGGUUGUGAAAUUUAUGUCAAAUAUAGUGAUGAGUAUUUAGCUUGCGUAGCUCGAACGUUCACGUCUACUAUCUAUCAUCCAGUGGGAACAUGCAAAAUGGGCGCACCAGAUGAUCCAACUGCAGUCGUCGAUCCACAACUCAGGGUGAAGGGUGUGCAUGGCCUUCGUGUAGUGGAUGGAUCUAUUAUGCCGACUAUUGUGUCAGGAAAUACAAAUGCUCCUAUCAUCAUGAUUGGAGAGAAAGCGGCAGACAUGAUUAAAGGUGUAAAGACAGUUAUUAAGCGUAAAGACAAAAAGAAGAAGAAGAAGCGGUGAUGAUGGGAAGUUAUUUAGUUUUAUUAAGUUAUAAAAUUCAUAGAUUUAGUCAUGAAAGCACAAUCUUCGUAUGCUUGAAACUUUUACAGAAUUAAAGCCAUUUUUCUGCAGGGAUUCUACAUAGAAUGUGCAAUACAAGAUUCUGUACAGAUAUAGCUAUGAAAUGAACAAUUAAUGCUGCCAAAAUUGGCAGUAAUAUUCAGGUUUCUUAUGUGUUUGCUUUGACUUGAAACAUGGACGAAAAAAAGUUAACAGUCUUCAUAUAAAUAAUUUCAUAUUCAUGCAUGAUGCUGCGGUAUAUUGCCACAGUGAUAGUUGUUUGCUGAAGAUAGGAUGAGAUGUGUUGAUCAUAACGCCAACAGCUUUUGAUAAGCUCCUGUGAAAUGAAUUCUUUAAUGAUGCCAAUCACUUGUAAAUAGGUAUCUGCUUUCAAGCCGAGAGGUUAUUACUGGUAGAUUUCUUUUAUUCACCGCAAUGGUUCUAUAAAAAGUAUGCAUACUUAAGGUUAUGAAUAUUCACGUGCGCCAUAAACUUUAAAAGGAUAACUGACAUUCUUCUGUAAUUCCUCUGUAACAGUGACACAAAUUAUACUCUUUCCAUUUCAUUAUAUUUCUUCAUUAUGAUCAAUUUAAAAUUACUGUGAAGCUGAUCUAGUAUGUUCAAAUUAACUUUAGAUUUUGGAAAUUUAAAGUAAAAUUAUUUGCACUUACAGGAUAUGAAGAAAUUUUGAUACUUUGUAUUGAAAUUAAAUUAGUUAUUUAAUUAUUAAAGCUAUUUAUUACAAACUAAAUUACUGUUUUAACAUACUUUUAAACUAUUUACAUCGCUGAAAAAUCGACCCAGUUUAAACUAAAAUUCCUGAAGUUAUUUAGAUUAAAAGAAAUAGAAAUGCAAAACGUCUGACGAGUAUUUUAAGAUACGCAUAAAAAUGAUUUAAAUAAGAAUAGGAAAAACAUAAUAGCUGAUCAAGUUCCAAGUUGAGUAAUGGAAGAAAAGAGUCGUAAUUUUGAAGAUAUAGUUGAUCCUUGAACGACGUGAGUUUGAAAUGAAUGACUCUAUUCAUCACGAAAUGUUUUAAUAAGCAUGUUGGUAAAUUUUGGAGGUUUAAUAUUCUUUGAAAAGUGCUCAGAUGCGCAUCUUAAUAUCAAAAGCAUUAAGAAAGUCACCUACAUUAAUGCAUGCAUAAUAUAUGCAUGUACGCAGGAUAUACUUAUAUCUAUUAUGCAAUUUUACUGUCAAAAAACGAGUGCACAUGUAUUGCGAGGUAUUUUCGUUUAUUGCGCCUAGUUUUAGGAGUACAUAGUAUAUCAUCAUUAUACAUUUUACCACAUAAAACAGCUUUGAUGUAAAUGAAGGUAGCAAGACGAUUUCUCACGCCACAACGCGGGCUUUAGAUAAAUACACGGUUUGACUGAAACACACUAUUAUAAAUAUACGUUCUCUUAAACUUUUUUAACAGUUUUCUGAAACUAACUUUUUCCUAAGAAUACAGUGAGCGAAACACGUAGCAUACAAGCUGUGUUUCAUAUAACGUCAGUUUUAUUGCCAAGCCUUCGGUUAAAGUUAUUAAAGGUACAUUGCCAAAAGUGACGUUUUGAAAAAAUGAGACGCAUAUGGGGAUAUUGAACAAUGAGAGGUGCCGGCGCCUUAUUUCCCGUUUGUGAAAGGAUCAACUAUAUUAAAGUAGAAAAACAGAUAAUAAAGAAUGGAAUUCAAUAAAAUUGUAUUUCUGUUUAAAACAUUUUAAUCAAUCUAUGAAAUACUGUUAGCACUGAUAUAAAAAUAUAUUUUGUUAUUUUAUUAAAAGUAGCACUGAAUUGAUUAAACUUUUUAAUUGUUACUUGUAACUUAAAUUUUCUUAGCAUUAGUAUGUAAAGGAUGCAUGAACUGGUAAAAUAUGGUGAAAGAUGAUUCAUUCUUUUUUUUUAAUUUAAAUAUGUAUGGAACAAACAUUAUUAUUAUAAUAGAUAAAUAGCGAUAUAAUUUUCCUAAGGUAAUCAUUCUUUGUUCAAGUUUCCAGAAUAUGCAAAUUUUAAUGAUCACAAAUGAAUAAUUUUUAUAAUAAUGCCGAAAUUCUUCGUUUAUCUCAGUGUUUUCCUUAACCAUAACCAUCUUUAUAAAGUUGGUCGGUAUAGUUGUGUAGGCUAUCAGGCCGAACGUGCUUUGCAUGUACAUCACGAAGACGCGUAAUAAGGAUAGAGAAAAAUCUUCCCUGCUUAAAAGGACGAUUGAAGAGGGCGGACCCAAUCGCCAAUCCUAGCAGUGAAUUAUUUUCUACCACCUUUUAGUUCUGGAACCAAUUGUAGAGGCCACUGCACAUUUUAGAUUGGAGCAAGAGACAUGAAAAACGGAACUCAGAACACCGAAACUCGACCUCCAGAAGUUUUCGAUGUUAGCCGAACGUUUACACGAAAUGCGAUAAGGAUGGAGAAAAUCUUUGCAUUCUCCCCACUUAGAGUCCGACUGGAGAGGUUGGAACCCAAUCGCCAACCGUAUUGGUAAAGAAUUAUCUUCCAUCCCCUUUUUCUUCGGGCGUCACUUGUAGCCACCUGUAACCACUUGCCAUUAAGCAUUUUAUUUUGGCAGAAGACUCGAAAAUGUGUACUGUCUUCGCGAGAACUCGAACUCCAGACCUUUCGAUGCUAGCUGGACAUGCUUGGUAAUUACACCACGAAGGGACGCAAAUUGGGAUUAAGAAAAACCUUACGCAGUAUGGCUGCGUUGAUAAUUUCUAAUAUAAUAUAUGACAAUGAUUUCAAGAUUGUUUCUGGCAGACGCAAAAAUAGUACAAAAGGUGUAAUAACGCUAAAGAAAUAAAAUUAGUAAGCUAAAAUAUUAAAAACAUGUACUGUAGGUGAAAUAUAUUAAUUUGCUUUUAAACUGUAAUUUCAGAAGCUUCGGGUCCAGUCAUAUAUCUACAGUUAUUUCUUUGGUCACACUCUCUCAUUAUUGAUUAAUUCUAAUGGUUAUACUAUUGAUAAGGUCACAGUUUCUUUAAUUCUUUUGCUGACUUUACAUUUCUUAAGUUUAGUAUUUUUAAGUGCUUUCAACUGCUGAAUUUAAUUGGUUCAGCUCUUCUUAUCUCAAGAAGGACUGGAUCAAGACCCCUUGUUCACGGCAUAUGCUUACGCACCCCGGAGCCCACGGUCCAGAAAGCAGAUUUCGGGCACUGCAGGCCUUGACCCAUUAGGGCUGUUACGCCACUGAGCUUAGUUUAAUAGAAUAAUUAGACUAAUAUGUCGAACUGCCUUCUUAUUUUUGCUUUUUUAAUACUGGUUGCAUUUUGCAAUAGAACAGUUUUCAUCUGUCAUUUGAACAUAAAACAAAUAUGAUUUCUAUAAUGAACACUGCUGAAACUUCCUUAGAAAUUUGUACUAAUGUCACUUAUAUUGAAAUCCAUUAUCAUUUAAUAAAAUUUAAAUGUUGUUCCUUCCGCACAUGAAUAAUGAACCCAUUCAUAAAAUGAUAUCCUCCCCAUUCAAUGCACAGCGCAGAGAACAUAUUUUAUUUUCGAGAAAAAAACGAUUACUGGAUAAAUAUUAAUUUUCUCCUAUUAAAACCAAAUCUCGGCUCAGUUCGUUAGUUCCAGGCUUCCCAGAACAUAGUGAUAGUCAUAUGCUAUCAAAAACUUGUGGCUUUGCAAGUCCGCGGAAUUUCUACUUUUUAAGUUAAUGGACCCACUUCAACAUUAUGUUACAUUUUAUUUUUCCAAGUUUUGAAAAUUUUAUUUUACGUUUAUUAUUACUUAAGUUUCAAGAAUUAAUUGGUUUAGAAAAUAAAUAUUUAAACCUAAGCAGUGUACGGAAUUCAUUGCGAAGUUAUGCGAAAAUAAUUUUAAACGCUUUGAAAAUUUUAGGACUGUGCUUUGUGUAACUUUUUAUAAAGUCGUUCAAAGAUUACUUCUAUUAACUCUUUUGGAACACCAGUUCUUUUGCGUAUGUGCGCUUUAAAUAAGCAUUUGCGCAUUUACGAUAUCGGUACUGAUAAUUCUUUAUGUAACGUUAACUAUAAAUUAAUUAAUAAAUUUUUGAAGCUUGGUAGCCAAAAACCAAAGGCUAGUUUACAAUGUUGCCAUGUUGUAUUAUCCUGUAAGUAAUACUUUGAAGGAACUGUAAAUAUAUUUAUUUAUUUUGUGUUUAUUGUGUGUGAAUAUUGUCCAUAAUAUAGAUUAUAUAUAUAUGUAUAUUUCAUAGGCUGCUGUAAAUUAAAAUCCUUGAUUUGCAGCGGCUCGUUUAUUUUACUGUUCACUGUACCUGACUGAAAUAUUUCCAAUCUGAAACUUGUUGGGCUAUAUAUUCAUUCAUUUAGUCUACAAAUUCUUUUCAUGACGUUCUUGAUUUCAUGUUUCAUGAUUUCAUGUUUUCAUGUUGUGAAAUCGGGUAAUAAACUUCGGGUGAAAUGGUUAUUUGGAACACUGGAUUAUGUCUUUUUUAAAAACUGUUUGGAAAGUAACUUUAUUAUGCAAACUGAUGUAUGAAAAUAAA